CUGAGUGAGACUGGGAUGUAGGAAGAAGCUGAGGAAGUGGGACUUUCCCACCUCCAUUUCAGACAGAGCAGACAACUUUUAUAUGUUUAAAUAUUGGCGUUUCUGUAAGAUUUGACUGGAAAAUGAGCUUGAGAGUUUUUUUUUUUUUUUUAAACUUGGAAACCUCUGAAUUGAAUGAUCUUUAAGGACCUCUCCAUGUAAAAGAAAGUGGCUGCUGGUGGUGGUGACAAUGUCAAAUAACGGCCUCGACAUUCAAGAUAAACCCCCAGCCCCUCCCAUGAGAAACACUAGCACUAUGAUUGGCGCUGGCAGCAAAGAUGCUGGAACCCUAAACCAUGGUUCCAAACCUCUGCCCCCAAACCCAGAGGAGAAGAAAAAGAAGGACCGAUUUUACCGAUCCAUCUUGCCUGGAGAUAAAACAAAUAAAAAGAAGGAGAAAGAACGACCAGAGAUAUCUCUUCCUUCAGAUUUUGAGCACACAAUUCAUGUUGGUUUUGAUGCUGUCACAGGGGAGUUUACGGGGAUGCCAGAGCAGUGGGCUCGCUUGCUUCAAACAUCAAAUAUCACUAAGUCAGAGCAGAAGAAAAACCCGCAAGCUGUACUGGAUGUAUUGGAAUUUUAUAACUCAAAGAAGACUUCCAAUAGCCAGAAGUACAUGAGCUUUACAGAUAAAUUAGCUGAGGAUUAUAAUUCAUCCAACACUUUGAAUGUGAAGACAGUAUCUGAGACUCCAGCAGUGCCUCCAGUUUCAGAAGAUGAAGAUGAUGAUGAUGAUGCUACCCCACCUCCAGUGAUUGCUCCUCGCCCAGAGCAUACAAAAUCUGUAUACACACGGUCCGUGAUUGAACCACUUCCUGUUACUCCAACUCGGGACGUGGCUACAUCUCCCAUUUCACCUACUGAGAAUAAUGCUGCUCCACCAGAUACUCUCACUCGGAAUACUGAGAAACAGAAGAAGAAACCUAAAAUGUCUGAUGAGGAGAUUUUGGAGAAAUUACGCAGCAUAGUGAGUGUGGGCGAUCCUAAGAAGAAAUAUACACGAUUUGAGAAGAUUGGACAAGGUGCUUCGGGCACCGUGUACACUGCAAUGGAUGUGGCCACAGGGCAGGAGGUGGCUAUUAAGCAGAUGAACCUUCAGCAGCAGCCGAAGAAAGAACUGAUUAUUAAUGAGAUCCUGGUCAUGAGGGAAAACAAGAACCCAAAUAUUGUGAACUAUUUGGACAGUUACCUGGUGGGGGAUGAACUGUGGGUUGUCAUGGAAUACUUGGCUGGAGGCUCUUUGACAGAUGUGGUGACAGAAACCUGCAUGGAUGAAGGCCAGAUUGCAGCUGUAUGCCGUGAGUGCCUGCAGGCUCUGGAGUUUCUACAUUCAAACCAGGUCAUUCACAGAGAUAUCAAGAGUGACAACAUCCUCUUGGGAAUGGAUGGCUCUGUCAAGCUCACUGAUUUCGGAUUCUGUGCCCAGAUCACCCCAGAGCAGAGCAAACGGAGCACCAUGGUGGGAACCCCAUACUGGAUGGCGCCAGAGGUUGUAACUCGGAAGGCCUAUGGACCCAAGGUUGACAUUUGGUCCCUGGGCAUCAUGGCCAUUGAGAUGAUUGAAGGGGAGCCCCCAUACCUCAAUGAAAACCCUCUGAGAGCCCUGUACCUCAUUGCCACAAAUGGGACCCCAGAGCUUCAGAAUCCAGAGAAACUAUCAGCUAUCUUCCGGGACUUUCUGAACCGCUGUCUUGAGAUGGAUGUAGAGAGGAGAGGUUCCGCUAAAGAGCUGCUGCAGCAUCAGUUCCUGAAGAUUGCCAAGCCCCUCUCCAGCCUCACUCCACUGAUUGCUGCAGCAAAGGAGGCAACUAAGAACAAUCACUAAAACCACACUCAUCCCAGCCUCAUUGUGCCAAGCCUUCUGUGAAAUGCUCACUUCAGAAAUGCCAACCCCGAUGCUCUCCCUUCCUUGCCUCGCUCCUCCCAUUUCCUGCGCAGUGCUCUCAAGACUUCGACCCUGACAACCGCGUGUCCAGCAUUGAAGGGAACUGCAACUGGGAUGCUAGAUGAGAUGAUGGUCAUUUCUAAAUAAGGAAUUUCCUCCAAUUUGUGGAUAUGAAGGUGGUUUCUGAUCAAGAUUUAUAUGAAUAAGCCCUUGGACUCCUAUUUCUACAUAGCAACCUCCUUGCCUUCCGCCAAUCACUUCUUGACAGUAUAAAUUUAUGGCUUUAUAAUAUUGUCAGUUUGUAAACAGUUGAGAUUUCUUUAGUGCUCGCUUUUUUGUGACUGAAUUGCUCAAAUAUAUCAUUGUACUUGAAAAUUGGAACUGCUUGAGGAAUUACCAUAGGAUUUGCUUAUCUGCCAGGGACAUGAAAUUGCUCAUCUCCUGGACCAUUACUUUGGCACAGCUGACCCUGAAAUGGGAGAGAGCGAGCACGUUUUUCUUUGUAUAUACUUCUAGCAGCUCUUUGGGAGGACCCGGACCCGAUAGUGUUCCCACGCUAUUUCCUGUGAAAUGGCCUUGGCUAUUUAGCAGCUUUUAAUUCCCUACAUCCCCCAGGCUGCUGCCCCCAUCCUUUUCUUGUUUGUAAUGUUGAGAGGUUUCCUAGGGCACGUGCUGGGUGAGAGCAGUAUGAGAAGUCAGGAAAAAAAAUUAGCUGCUUUUAGAAUAAGGGUAGGCAUUAACACCUACCAGCUCUGUAUACCUUUGUGUUGUUUCAAGAAGUUUAGCCUCUUUCUCCAUCUGGGAUAAGAAGCUGAAAGAGCAACUCAGAUAUUCUGAUGGCUUGAGUCUUUGGGUCAAAAGAAAGAACCUCCAAAUCUGAUACUACACGGUAGUUGUGGGUGGAUUUGGUCACCUGAGAUGAUAUUCUCCUGGCUGUGAGGGAACCCUGUUUCUCCAUGCAUGGCCAAGUGCUCUGCAAAUGGAAAUGCUUGCACCGAGUGUUGGGGAUGUUUGCUACCUCCUGCUAUCUUUGUGGUUUUGGUCCUCACACUAUCGUAGGACCCCUGGCCAGCAUUGUGGCUUGUCAUUGGCAACCUUGUCAUGCUCUGAGGUACCACAGCCUCUGCAGCUCAUGUUUUAUUUCCUUCAAUAAAAGGAGAUGAAA